UUUAUAAUUUUGGUAAUUUGGCUUGAAUAUAAAAGUGCUAUAACUUUCUGCUUUUUAAAUCCCACCUGGUAUUUUUACUUAAUACAGGACUUUAAAUCUUCCGUUCCUCCGCCCGUCCCGGGGCACCACAUCACUUACGCGGGACUACCACGAGAUGUCGAUGCACGAUACGUCAGGUUCCACCCGAGUGAGCCUGUCACACCAGUUGAUGCAUUGUCCCUGAGGGUCGAGGUGUAUGGAUGUGUUAGUGGGCAUUAUACUCCUGAUCUUCAUAUGAUGUUUGCUAUUUCUGCUACAUCAACCAUACCAGCAUCCACGUUCAGUCUGAUGUCCACAGCUGCUCAAAACAUCAUCAACCUAUAUGGCAUCAGGACAAUCAAAUAUUCUGCCUUCACAUUUGGUAACAUCACACAAAACGUAGUCAAUUUUGAAGAAAACCUCACAAAAACCAAAAUCAUCGAAAGGUUGAAAUCUUCGAGCCCUAUCCCGGGCGGACCAAACUUACAAGAAGCUCUAGUUUACGCCAAUAAACGGUUUGUUAACUACAGUCGGCCAAAUGCGAGACGAGUGCUGGUAGUCUUCAUGGACAAAGGUUCAGGGGUACCUGAAGCAUCCUUGUCUUCUGAUAUUAACAACCUACGGGAUAAUGAGGUGCUUACAGUAGGGGUAGGAGUAGGCCGCGAGGACAGUAUUCCUGAUGUUGAAUGGUUGGCGCUAAACCGCUUCUACGUCAUGAGGAGAAGUCCAAUUGAGGACCCAAUGCAUCUGGGAAGAGAUAUCAUGACAAGAGUGCUCAAGGUGUUUGACGUGACCUUCGUCAUCAGUGCCAGUACUAACAAGAACUUCGAUUUGAUAAAAAGCACUCUACAAUCUAUUUUCGCCAAAUAUGGAAUAAAGACCAUCCACUACAGCAUCUUGAGGUAUGGAAGCACAACCGCUGACCAGCUUUAUAGCUUCACAUCGUCUUCUUCCUUCAACAAAAAUGGCUUGAAUACGAAAGUAAGUGAAAUUGCAUUUGGUGAUGGAUCUACCAGUGCUAUCGAACAAGCUUUGGCUUUAUCAAAAGCAAGUUUCACUGAUUUGUUGGUAAGAAUCAGCGCUGAUCAUAUUGUAGUCGUUAUCACGGAUAAAGAUUCUGGUGCAGAUGUGACGAAGAUCAAGACCGCAGCGGACUCUCUUGAGAAUGAAGGGAUUCGGAUCAUUCCCGUUGGUAUUGGUAACAACGUCAAAGGAAAAGAAGCGUCUAUUUUAACGUCAAACAACAAAGAUGUUAUCAAAAUGGCUGAUAGUACAAGCGAGACGAAACUUCAAGAGGAAAUCAUGAAAAAUAUCUAUAGACUGUACAUGCCAGACAUUGAUCUGAUUUUCAUCAUGAACGCAGCAUCCGCUGAUUCCGAAAACACUUACACUUACAUGCAGAAUAUCGUCAAGUCUAUCAUUCAGCGUUAUAACUAUGGCCGAAUUCACUACACCUUUAUCAUACACGGUGAUACGCCUAUCUUUAAGUACAGCUUUGGUGAGCAAUUUCCCAGCAAGGACGCAGUUCUGAAGGCAGUUUCAAAGCUUCCGCGUACCACUAAGGGGUCAUCACUGGAUAAAGCUCUACUGUUGGCAAGAGACCUAUUCAUCAAGGAGGACGUGCGCAGGAAUUCUUGGAAGAUCAUUGUACCUAUCAUGGAUAUCCGGACGGGAUUAUCAAGCGAAAAACUUCGUAACGUAUCGUCUAUGUUGCAUGAAAUCGGUGUACGCGUGGUACCAGUCGGAGUUGGAGAGCAAGCGAGCCCCCGGGAACUUGAUGAUAUCACUGCCUAUGAAGACCAUGUCGUCUUGAUCCCAAAAGACACAAGCUAUGUCGAGACAGGAGAGGAGGCAAUGAAUCGAGUUUUACAAAUUGCUGAUGUGGAUGUGGUGUAUGCGCUCAGCACCUCCUCAAACAGCACCUUCAAGACGAUGACUGAUUCUAUCAAAAAGGUCGGCGAUAAGUUUGGGACUGAUCGAUUCCACUACAGUAUUGUCGUUUACGGAAAUAGCAUUAAAAACGUCUGCAGCUUUGAUACGAUUAUUCCAUAUGAAGAGGCACUUGAGGAAGAAGUAAACAAAGCUAUCAAGCAAUCAAUAUCUGGGAAUUCGAACCUUGAAGAAGCACUUACUAAUGCUAAAAAAAUACUUAACACCCCCAACACAAGAAAAGGUUCUAGAAAAGCCGUGGUCAUUAUUACGGACAAUACGUCUGGAAAGACUCCAACUGUUCUUAAAGACACAGCAAAGCCUCUACACGAGCAAGGUAUCAUUGUUGUUUCUUCUGGUAUUGGAGAUGUCCCAAAAUACGACGAGCUCAGAUCAAUGACACUCAGGAAGGAAGACGUGGUUAAGGUUAAACCUGAAGAUACAAGUGGAUACCUUGGUGACAGAAUCGUGGCCAGAAUUCUUAAAGAUGGUAUUCCUGAGAUUGAUUUGGUCUUCGCGAUUAGUCCAUCAAUAGAUAGGAAAAACUUAUCAGCCAUAAUGAAAGACAUUCUCAAGUCAAUUAUCCAGCGUUAUGGAGACGAUAAGAUCACUUACAGCGUUAUAACUUACGGGAGUGACUCCUCCAGUGAGAUUGCUUUAUCGGAUCAGUUCCCGAAUCUAGAAUCUCUCAUCAACGCAGUAGAUUCCGUCGGAGCUAAACCGAGCUACGAUGCACCAAAUCUGGAGAAAGCGAUGGAUGAGGCAAAACUAUUGUUCGAAGAGGCACCAAUUCGGCCUAAUGCGCGAAAGGUGUUUGUUCCAAUUCUGGACAGAAAUACAGAAAACCCCGAGCAGGUACUAAAGGCAGCGACUAAAUCAUUGCAGGAUUUAGGUGCAACAAUCGUCCCAGUAGGUAUUGGUGAUGAUGUAAGCAAAGAGGAGCUGGACCGGGUCACGAUCUUCAAAGAUAACGUUAUCAAGCCUGCGUCUGAUGUGCCAUUUUACGACACUGGCGAGGAAAUAAUUUCCAAAAUCAUUGGAGUUCCUGAAGUCUUUGUUACAUUUGCUGUGACGCCUAACAAAAACAGCACUGACAAGGUCUAUAAAUUGAUGAAGGACACUAUCAGCUCCCUCACCAAGAAAUACGGAAAGAAAAUCCGACCAAGUGUCGUCACUUUUGACGAACCACCUAAAGUGCUCUUCGAUUUUGAGGAUACCCUUCCGACUGAGGAAGCUCUGAAAAGGAAACUGGACAGACUUCCCAAAAGGGAGGGUCUGCUUGACUUCACAAAUACACUUAAAAAGGUAGAGGACAUAUUCAACAGUACGGAAUUGAAACCCACAUCCAAGAAGGCUUUGGUGGUUCUUACAGACCAGAAGUUUGCUAAAAGUGGUCCAUCUAUACUGGAAUCGAUGAGGCCUUUAGACGAGAAGGCCAUUCGACCAAUCGUUGUUCGAUUGGGUGAUGAUAUUAACGAGGAAGAACUGCUUGGGAUAACACGAACAAAGCGCAAAAUCAUCAAACCUUCAGAUACUGACGGAGGAAUGCAACUUGGAGAUGAGAUCAUAAAAGCUAUUUUAAAUGAUGGUCUACCGGAGCUUGACAUCACCUUCGCAAUCAGUGCAACGACACAAAAUGCAACAAAGACAAUAGAACAAGCCAAGCUAAUCAUCCAAUCUGUCGAGAAGUACUAUGGCACCGACAAAGUACACUACAGUGUCGUCAUAUUUGGCGAUAACGCAACAACACCAAUUCAAUUUAACGACGGCCCUCUCAAUGAAGGAGAACUUCUAAAGGCAUUGGAAAAUCUGAAAAACUCUUCAGGACAGCCUAACUUCAAAAGGGCAAUCGAUGAAGUGAAAAACAACCUUAAUACUAGUAGCGGUGUUCGUCCUGAUGCAGUCAAAGUGGUUGUUCCCAUCUUCGACGCACCUUUGUUUCCUGAAGAGCCUCUUCUAGACACAGCUCAGAAGCUUAAAGAAGAGAGUCUCAUUGUAGUACCAGUCCCAGUUCAACCUCUGGCAGAUAAUUCUCAAGCAGAGCUUCUAACGCCGGAUAAGGACAAUGUUAGACCCACAGUAUUCGGAGACGACCCGAUGCUUAUUGGCGAAGGGAUCAUUGACAUAGCCUUAAAAGAAUCCUGCUCGAAAAGCCCUUGUCUGAACGGAGGGACCUGCGUUAAGAACGGCGCCACCUAUUCAUGCUUAUGCUUCAUGGGAUAUAGCGGAAAGAACUGCGAAAUUGGGUGCGGUCACAUGGAGCUUGGCGUGAUGGUAUACAGGAAUGAUGGUAACAAGCAUCGUCGAGUCUCCGACGAAGACAUAACAGCCUCGUCAUCCCUAGAUAAAUACCCGCCGCAUAGAGGUCGCUUGUAUAUGGAUCCCAUUGGGUCAUAUGGCAGUGGUUGGUGUGCUUCCCCUAUUGACGCUACUCCUUACCUUCAAAUACACUUCGGUCUCCCGAUGAUGAUAACAACGAUUACUACAAGGGGUAUCCUUGACGGUCCAAAUGGUACUGCUUUUGUAAAGUCGUAUUACAUCAGCUACACGAAUGACACAGAAGCAAGGUGGUACAACUAUACCGAGCCAGGUCAAGCACAACCAUAUGUGUUUAAGAGUGCUUUCACUGCAGUCCCUAAUAAUGUGUCUUCCAUGGUACUUGCCAAGUUCCUCCGGAUAUAUCCUCUUAAAGGGGAAACGAGCUUCUGUAUGCAGGCUGCUGUCCAUGGUUGCGAUCCACUUGCUAAAGUACCUGCGGUAGACCAGAGACCAGAGAAAUGGGAUGUAGACGUAACCAAGGACGGCGAGUCAUAUGUUUGGAUCAUUCCACUAGCCCUGAUUCCAAUUCUGAUGUUUACCACGGCAAUACCGAUGCUCCUGCGUUUCGGACCCGGGGGAAGCUGGAGCUCUUCAAGUACCUCGAGUUUCCUGAAGAACUUAAAAUUCCCACCGACAUAUAAUCAGAAAUCUGAAAUCCAAACGGUACUUCUGGAGUUUGGCGACGAGGAUGGAGCCGGAGAAGGAGGAGGGGGAGGAGGAGAAAGUCUUGCUAUGACGGUCACAGGGCUGGAGGCGGGUGGCUAUAGCGCUGGUGGCGGUGGUGGUGGUGCAGGUGGUGCUGCGUAUGCUGAGAUGACGACCACUACCUACACCGAGUCCUACGCGGCAUACUCCACAGUUAGUGGCACAGGAGCCUCGGGAUCAGGAGCUGCAGCAGCGGCCGGAUCUGCGUCCGCAGGCGGCGCUGGCGGAGCAGGAGGGGCUAGCGCCUACAUGAUGUCCGCUUCAGGAGGGGGGGCUGCUGGUAGUUCUGGAAGUAUUGGGGCAGGAGCGGCAGGAGGCGCUGGAGCUGUGGCUGCAGUAGCGGUAUCAGGGGGAGGCGGUGGAGGUGGUUACGCAAAGUUUGAGAGCAACUCCCAUUCUAUAAGCCAGCAACAACAAUUUGAAGCGGAGAUGGGCGAGAUUGAUAUUAUGUUUGACAUGGAGGGGUACAGCUCUGUAUCGAUGAACGGAGGAUCAGGAGCAGCCGCUGCCACCAGCAACACCUACGAAAGCAUCUCCACCCUUCAACAAUUAGGAAUGUCUGCAAGUGGCUCGUCUGGUGUCGGCAAUGCUGGGGUGGCCGCUGCAUCAGCAGAUUCCAGUGCCGUGGCAUCUGGCAACACCCACCAAAAUAUGAACUCUUUCGGACAAUCUAGAAUGGCAACAAGUAGUGGAAAUGGAUCGUACGGUGUAGGCAAUGCUUGGAUGCCCGCAAGUUCAGGAGAGUCAAGCGCAUUGAUACAAGAGGAGGGAACAGCUGAAGCCUCUACGGAGAAUUUAUCUGCUGGGUCAGGCAUGAACAGAGCCCAAGGAAUGGCUUCGAGUUAUUUGGCUGACGCAGGAAAACCAGGAAUGGAUACAGUGAAUGCCGCUGGGGAAGACCACCAGUAUGAUUAUGUGUACAGUCCUGAUGACCAGGGAAUGACGAGCCUUCCCCCAGAAUCUGAUGCGGAACAUUUCGCGGAUAAUCUUUUCAACAAACACAAUAAAAUUUUUUCAUUUGACCGGCAGUACCUCCCAUCAAGUAAAGCCUGAUCGCUGCUAAUAAAAAUGAACAUGUAAGACAUAGAUUUAAAGGAUAGUGUAUAAUAUACCACCAGUGACAGACAGUGCCUUCAAAGUAGAAUUAAAAUUGACAACUACAGCUGUCUUUUAAGCAUCACUCCGGCCAAGGUCAUGGAACCGUUCAUGUCGAAAAUAACUUCCAAAUUUAGAAAUACAAAGAACAACUGCACCGAGCACAUGUAUUAAAUCGUCAAGAAAUAGAAAAGGAAAAAUUCCUGAAGUACUAACUACAUUAUAUAUGUACGUUUAUUUAAUUUCCCUCAUUGCUUAACGACCUUUGAUAAUUAUUAGCUUGUGUUUAGAAAGUAUAGAAUUAGAUCACAGGUAAAACACUAAGACUGGUUACAUUUUGACUUUGAAGUAGUUAAAAACUUUGUCUGAUGACUCCUUUACUGUAGAGGGGAGGGACGAUUUUCGUUUAGCUAAGAUGUAGCUAACUACUAGCAUGUAUGAUAUUUUGACCAAUAAAAAGAAGUAGACAUC